UCUCCUUUCAGAUUGAAAUGUAAGAACUAAGAUAACACAAUUUAUUAGAACUAUCAUUUUAUAGAUCAACCUAUAUCACCCUACAGUAGAUCUAGUUCUAAUUAAAGAUAAUGACAGACUUGUCUUGACGAAGCCAUGAACUAAAGUUGUUCAGUUAGAAUCAAACUAUUUAUAUAUAUAUAUAUAUAUAAAAAAAAGAAUGCCAGUUAAUGUACUUGAUUUUUGGUUUGCUGAAAGCAUUAGAGACAAAAAAUUUGAGGAUCUUUACGAGCUUGGAAAAGAGCUGGGAAGAGGUGCUACUGCUGUUGUCUAUAAAUGUAUAGCUAAAGGUACAAAUCAAGCUUGGGCUGUAAAAAUAUUAGACAAAAAGGUUGAACAUAAAACUGUAGUAACAGAAGUUGGAAUUUUAUUGAAAAUUGAGCAUCCAAACAUCGUGCAAAUGAAGGAGGUCUAUGAAACAUUGGAAACAGUCUAUAUUAUCUUGGAAUUGGUUACUGGUUCAGAAUUAUUUGAGAGAAUAGUGUCUGAACAAUAUUAUUCAGAGGAGCAAGCAGCACUAGCUGUAAGAGAUAUAAUAUCUGCAGUUGAUUACUUACACAAACAUGAUAUUGUUCAUAGAGAUUUAAAGCCUGAAAACAUUUUGUAUGAAAACUUAUCACAGGAUUCCAAGCUCAAAAUUUGUGACUUUGGGCUGUCCACUAUUGUGAGCAACAAAGUAUCUUUAGUAACAUUGUGUGGGACACCUGGCUAUUGUGCUCCUGAAGUGCUUAAGGGAAAUAACUAUGGCAAAAGCUGUGACAUGUGGAGUGUAGGAGUUAUUGCAUACAUUUUACUUUGUGGCUACGAACCAUUUCACUCUGACAAUGAACCACAAAUGUUUAAAAAAAUAUUGAAAGGUGAUUAUUCAUUUGACUCUCCUUGGUGGGAUGAAAUCAGUAACAAUGCCAAGGAUUUGGUUAGAAAACUGUUAGUUGUUGACCCAGCCAAAAGAUUAACAGCGUCUGCUGCACUGAAACAUGUUUGGGUGACCGGGAUGGCCAAUAAAAAAACUCACAUGGAAACUACAGUUGAUAAGAUCAAGGAGUUUAAUGCCAGGAGAAAAUUAAAGUUUACAACUGAUGUCAUUUUGGCUGUUGUUGCUGCUGCUAAAAGACUACCACUAAAGAAUAUGCUAAAUAUAAACCUUGAAUCAAAUAAACAACCAGCCGACCAGGAAGUGAAAUAGAAGGAUACAAUUGUAUAUGAAAUUUUAAAUAUUUUUAUUUUGCAAAUGGUUUCCAAGUUCGUUAAAUAUUAUUUCACGUAUUUAAAAAAAUUAUUGUUUCUUUAAUAGGCUUUGUUAAAUCAGUAGAUCAAACCUGGGUCUUCCUUAAUCAUUCAUCUUGAGGGCAAUGCCUUAUUAUUACUAUUAAAUUUUUAAACAAUUUUAAAAAGGGAAUAUUUUUCCUUUUUACAUUUCACUCAUACAUAAAUUUUUAUAAAUACAGUUUAUAAAUAAUGAUAUUUUUUUAAAUUGUGCCUUGUACAUUAAAUGCUGUUUGAGAUAUUCUAUUUGACUUUCACAAGAUGCAACCAUUGCCAAAGAAAAUAUAUUUACCCAGUACUUGCACUGUCUUGAUAUUUUUAAAAGCCUAAAUUUGUAACAAAUAUGUGUUGUCAAAUUUUGUAUUCUUCAACAUGUACUUCCAAAAUGUAUGUACUACAAUAAACUGUUUAGUGUGCAUCUACUUAGUCAAUUAGUUUAUUGCUUUUUAAGUUUAUCAAAAAGAAAUAAUUUUUGAUGGUAGCAAUUAGAAGAGCAUCCCACACCAUUUGACUAAAAUCCUUAAGUAGGAAGACUGGCCAUUUCUGUGCUUCUAUGAUCUGUAUGAAAAAAAAAGCCCUGCAAAAGUGAAAAGAUCUCUUACAUAGACAUAAAGGGUAAAAGAUAUCCAAAACUCUAUGACAGAACUCAAUCACAGCCCCUGGAGCCUACAUUUUGUUGGUUAACAGCGCUCUAUAAAUUAAAUUAUUAUCAAUCCUUGAUUCCUGCUAGCCAGAGUUUUAGACUUUUAACCUUGUCUUUUUGUAAGAAAUGAUACUGUGAUUAAGUUGACUACUACAAAUUAAAGAGUCCUGUUUUUUACAAAGCUUAUAUCAACUCACUUUGUUCUGUCUGGUUUAUUUUUUUUUACACAUUAUUUCUCACACACUCAACCUCAUAUUAAGUUGAAAUUGUGCACAAUUAUUUAUUGUACCUGACAAAUUGAAUCAAUAAAAAAAUUAACCAA